GGGACCUCGCGGCUCCGCGCUGAACUUUGACUCCCUCCGUCCCGGCCUCUUCCCGGGGCUCCCCGCUGCCCCCCGGCCCCAUUCGCGCUGCACCGCAGGAUGCAGAUCUCACCCGUGCUGGCCGGAGGACUGCUGCUCGCUCUGCUCUCCGUCGGGCUGGAGGCGAAGCCGGCGUCCCAGCUCCCGCAGAAGGCGUCCCGUGGAGCAGCGGCGGCGGCGGCAGCGGCGGCGGCGGCGGGUCCGCCCGAGGCAGCGGGCGCGGAGCGGGACAAGGAGAAGGAGAAGGAGCGGAACCGCGGAGGAGGCGGCGGAGGCGGCGGCACGGGGCCGCGGGAGGCGCGGGAGGCACGGGCAGAAACGCGGCCCCGGGCGGGUUGGGCGCGGCUGCUGCAGGAGCCGUCGGGCCGCCGCAAUAAGGGGCUGCACAAGAAGGGGCUCGGGAAGGGCUGCUUCGGCCUCAAGCUGGACCGCAUCGGCGCCAUGAGCGGCCUCGGCUGCUGAGGGACCUCUGGCGAGCGCCGGAGCGGCUCCGUUGUUCCCCCAGGGCCGGGCACGGCCGCCCCCCAGGCACCGCCCGGAAGAGCAGAGACCUCCCCGGAUCGGACAAAAGAUGUGGCUGUGU